ACCCUUCUUUGCCCAGUGACUUGAGCGGGAAAACCUUUAGUCACGUAUUUGGUACACAAUACUCUGCUUUAGAAUUGUUCUUGAUAAAACGAAAAAUAAGAGGUCCCUGUUGGCUAGAAAUCAAUAAUGCUGUAAUCGAAAAAAGAAAGAUUUCUUGGUGCAAAUGUGAGUUAGCUAUUGGAAAUCCUAAAAAUAUAAAACCUAUGAGUGAAGCUGAUUUAUCAGAGCCAUUAAAACCUCCACCAUUGAAAAUUAUGUCAUUAAGUUUACGUACCGUGAUGAACCAUCAAAAACAUGUUAACGAGACUGUUGCAUUCAGUGCACGGGUUUAUCCACAAGUUAAUUUGGAUGGAUCAGUUUCCGUUAAAAAUCUCGCGGCUAAUCAAUAUACAUCAAUUCGUCAGUUAACUGAUAUGCCAUGGUGGCCAAGUCAAUUCGAAGAUUUAGUAAAGAAACGAAAAGAUCAAUUACACUUGACUUUGGAAACAACUGAAUUUGCAUUAUUAAAUCGGUUCUUGGCUAUCAUAAAACAAAAUGAUCCAGAUGUUAUUGUUGGACAUAAUUUUGUUGGAUUUGAUUUAGAUGUUUUAUUGCAUCGUAUGAAAAUAUUAAAGAUAAAAGAUUGGUCAUCUCUUGGAAGGCUUCACAGACUAGCAAUGCCACCAUUGAAUACAAAAGAUAAAGGUAGAAAUGAUUCUUCUUCUGCAGAAAAGGGAAUUAUAAGUGGUAGAUUGGUCUGUGACACUUAUCAAAGUUCGAAGGAAUUUAUUAGAUCCAAAAAUUUCUCGUUAACUGAACUCGUUUCAACAUAUUUGGGAGUAAUUCGAAAAGAUAUCGCUUAUGAUAAAAUUGCAUCUAAUUACAAUUCAGCUCAACAAUUAUACGACAUGGUCCUUCAUUGUCGUUAUGACUCCAUUCUUACAUCUGAAUUAAUGUUUAAGCUUCAUUUGCUUCCUUUGACUAAACAAUUAACAAAUUUGGCCGGAAACAUUUGGUCAAAAACUCUUGAUGGUGCAAGGGCUAAUCGUAAUGAUUAUUUAUUACUACAUGAAUUUCAUAAAUUAAAGUAUAUUUGUCCAGAAAAAAAUCCUCCCAAAUCGAAAUCCAUGACUUCCGAAAAGGUUACCGGAGAAGAUGAUGAAGGCGAGAAGACGGAACCUAUUAAAGGAACCCGAAAAAAACCUACUUAUGCUGGUGGUCUCGUAUUAGAACCCAAAAUUGGUUUUUAUGAUAAAUAUGUUGUUUUGUUGGAUUUUAAUAGUUUAUAUCCAUCAAUUAUACAAGAGUACAACAUUUGUUUUACUACGGUUGUGCGAUCUGGUCUAGAAAACGAAGAUCAAAUUCCGGAGGCACCUGAUUCUGAUAUGAAUCAAGGAAUUCUUCCUAAAAUAAUUUCAAAUUUGGUAGAACGAAGAAGGCAGGUCAAGAAAUAUAUGAAUGAUCCUAAUAUUAUUGAUAGUGAACGUGAACAAUUUGAUAUUCGUCAAAGAGCUCUUAAACUUACAGCAAACAGUAUGUAUGGAUGCUUGGGAACCACUUUUUCGAGAUUUUACGCCAAACCCCUGGCCAUGUUAAUUACGUCAAAAGGCCGAGAGAUUUUGCAAAACACUGUUGAGUUGGCGGAAAGUGAAAAUAUGGAGGUUAUAUACGGGGAUACAGAUUCUAUUAUGAUUUACACUAACACGACGGACAUUAAGGAGGCAUUGGAGGUUGGAAAAACUUUGAGACGAAAAGCAAACGAGCGAUACAAGUUAAUUGAGAUUGAAGUUGAAGGCUUCUUUGAGAAGUUGCUUCUCCUUAAGAAGAAAAAAUAUGCGGCAAUCAAAUUAGAAAUAAAUGAGAUUAACGGAAAUAUAAAAAGUAGAUCAAACGAAACAAAAGGUCUUGAUUUAGUGAGGCGCGACUGGUGUGAAUUAGUUAUUGACGCUUCACGUUAUGUUUUGGAUCAAAUUUUAUCCGCAUCAUCCGACCGAGAACUGGUGUUAGAAAACAUCCAUAAUUACUUGAAAAAAUUGGGGAAUGAUACUCGGUCAGGGAACUUUCCGAUUAAUAAAUUUAUCAUACAUAAGGUUCUUGCAAAAGCACCGGAAGACUACCCGGACAUAAAAAGUCAGCCACACGUACAAGUUGCAUUACGGAUUAAAAAAAGAGGGCUUAGUGCACGUCAGGGUGACACCAUUCCAUAUAUUAUUUGUAAAAGAGUUGACGAAGAGAAUAAUGCUUCUACUAAUAAUAAAGCCGUUUCUGAGAAGGCAUUUCAUCCAGAAGAGAUACGAAAUGAUUCCGGAUUACAAAUUGAUUAUAAAUGGUAUUUGGUUCAACAAGUGCAUGCAGCCGUUACUAGGCUAAUUGAACCUAUCGAUGGAACAAACAGUGCGCUUAUUGCCGAUUGUUUAGGAUUUGAACCGCCUAGACAUAACACGAGUACUUCAGUCAUUGCGCAGACUUUUCAAACCCUUGAAUCCCAAAUUUCGGAUGAAGAACGUUUUAAAAAUGUUGAGAAAUUGACCUUAAAAUGCAUACAUUGUAAAGAAGCUCGUAUUUAUGACAUAUUAAAUCUUGAUCUUGAAAAGGAGGAACAUCGCCUUGAAGUGACAGGCAUCAUUUGUGGAAAUAAACAUUGCAAUAAGGCUCUUCCUUUGCCUUCGGUAUUGGCUCAAGUUACUUGUAAGAUCAGGAAAAAUAUAAAACGAUAUUAUGAUGGCUGGCAUAUAUGUGAUGAAGAAGACUGUCGAUAUAAAACGAGGAUGAUUACCGCAAAAAGAAAAUGUGUUUGUAAUGGAUGUAGCGGAACAUUGUUAGAGGAGGUAAAUUGA